AUGUCGGUGUUUCAUGUCCAUGAAUGGCUUACACUUGAAUUAAUUGAUGCGAAUGUUUGCGCAGUUGGUGAAUUGAUCGAGAAACGAGAUCAAUUAGUGGUAGGUAGUGUAACGGGUCGAAUAUGGAUUAUCGAUCCGGGUCGAGCAAACGACACGAAAAAGCAAUUGCUGAGCUGUUUAUUAGAGAAGGAUUUACCCGCUGCUAUAUUGGACAUUGCCAUUGCAAAUUUCAUUUCCGGUUUGGAACAAAAUCUGAUCGCUGUAUUAUUACCUCAAAAACUAACAAUUUAUCGCCUCAUUUCAGAUGGAGAAAUUUAUCAAUUGAGUACUGUCUAUGAGCAUACUAUCACCACAAUAGCGUACAAUAUGUGUAUCGGUACAUUUGGUCGAGCAUCUGCGGUGCAAAUAUGUGUCCAAGAUAUGGCAUGUUCCUUGAUGGUCUUCGAAGGGGAAAAUCAACUUUUUCACCGUCCAAUUAAUUUAACAACCGCUCUACAUCCAGGUCCAAUCAUUUAUACACCUCAUUCCGAUUCAGUCAUCAUCGCAUCAUCUUCAGCAAUCUUAAUCUCCUAUCGAUAUUCCGUUCUUGCUACAGCAUCAAGUGGAAAAAGUGGGAAAAAAGUUGCC